UUCUUUCUAUCUUUCCUCUUCCUUCUCCUCCUCCGCACCCAGCGGUUUCCUCUCUGUAAGAAAAUUCCGAUAUUAGUAAUCCUUUUCUCUUCCUUCGUUAUUAUUAUUUAUUAUCAGUUCUUAACGAACAGAAACUGUCGAGGGAAGUGGUUUCUAAGUUUUGUUUUCGAGGCAAAACGGGUUGAAUUUCGAAGAAUUUGGUGUUUCACUUUAUUCAUAGCUUGAAGAUUUAGGUUUUCGGUGAACGGCGUGAUUUAAGCGGUGAAUUUCCACUUCCGGUGAGAAAUAAAAGAUCGUGUAGUCUUUUUCCAUAACAAUCGGAGUGAAGUUUUGUAAUUAUAUUUUCCUGCGGCAUCGUCAAGUCACCUAGAUUUUGAAAGCGCUUUUUAGCAAGAAAUUUCUUGAAGGCGAAGUGGCGUUGGUUUCUUUUGACUGUUGCAUUUGAAGAAUUGAAAGCGUUAGGGUUUUAGAGUGGUUGAUAAGGUAGGCGAGAUGUCAUUAUCUUUAAAAAUGGAGAUUGAUACAAUGGACGACGUUACUUGUUUGGACCCCGAGCUUUUGCAGCUUCCUGAAGUGUCUCCAUUUGCACUAAAAACCAGUCCUCAAAUUGUCGAGGACUUGUUCGCUCAAUGGCUUUCGCUUCCAGAGACCGGCCAUCUGGUGAAAUCUUUGAUUGAUGAUGCGAGGGCAGGGACUGCAGUAAAUGCCUGUGCGAACUUUUCUAAUGGAAAUGCUGUUGGGAGCAAUUCUUUUCCUUCCAUGUUUUCCAGUGCCAGUGCACCUCCACUUUCUCCAAGAAGCUCAUCUGGUUCUCCUCGCUCAUCCAAGCAGAAAUCGAGCCCUUCAGCUCUUGGCUCUCCAUUGAAAUUACUUAGUGAAUCAAUGCAAGAAGUUAUUCCACAGUUUUAUUUCCAUAAUGGUCGUCCUCCUACAAAGGAAUUGAAAGAACAACAUCUUUCUGAAAUUAACAUCCUUUUCGAUAAUCCUCUAAAUGGAUUGAAAAUAGAUGAGUUUAAAACAGUGACAAAGGAAGUUUGCAAGCUACCAUCUUUUCUCUCUUCCGCGCUUUUUAGAAAGAUAGAUGUAGACUGUGUGGGAUUAGUGACCAGAGAUGCUUUCAUCAAGUAUUGGAUGGAUGGCAAUAUGCUGACAAUGGAUAUAGCAACUCAAAUAUUUGAAAUUCUUAAGCGGCCAGACCAAAGUUACCUCACUCAGGUUGACUUCAAACCUGUUGUCCGAGAGCUUUUGGCAACCCAUCCAGGAUUAAAAUUCUUGCGAAACACACCUGAAUUUCAAGAUAGAUAUGCUGAAACUGUCAUAUACAGAAUCUUUUAUACCAUGAAUAGAUCGGGAAAUGGCCGUCUUACCCUCAGGGAGCUCAAAUGUGGAGAACUGAUUUCUGCCAUGGAACAUGCAGAUGAGGAAGAGGACAUUAACAAAGUCCUUAGGUACUUCUCGUAUGAACACUUUUAUGUUAUAUACUGUAAGUUCUGGGAGUUGGACACAGACCAUGAUUUCUUCAUCGACAGGGAAAGCCUCAUCAGAUAUGGCAAUCAUGCCCUUACCUACAGGAUUGUUGAUAGGAUUUUUUCACAGGCUCCUCGGAAGUUUUCCAGUGAGUUAGAAGGGAAGAUGGGUUAUGAAGACUUUGUUUACUUCAUGCUUUCAGAGGAGGACAAGUCAUCCGGCCCUAGUAUUGAAUAUUGGUUCAAGUGCAUAGAUUUGGAUGGAAAUGGUGUGCUCACUCCAAAUGAAAUGCAAUUUUUCUACGAGGAGCAGCUGCACCGAAUGGAAUGUUUGGCCCUAGAACCUGUGCUCUUUGAGGACAUAUUAUGUCAAAUCAUUGACAUGAUUGCACCUGAGAGAGAAGAUUGUAUCACACUACGGGACUUGAAAGGGAGCAAACUUUCAGGAAAUGUUUUUAACAUCCUCUUUAAUCUUCAUAAGUUUAUGGCAUUCGAAACCCGUGAUCCAUUCCUUAUUCGGCAGGAACGAGAGGAUCCAACUUUGACAGAGUGGGACCGAUUUGCACAUAGGGAGUAUAUCAGGCUUUCAAUGGAAGAAGAUGUCGAAGAUGCCUCAAACGGAAGUGCUGAUGUAUGGGAUGAGUCCCUUGAAGCUCCAUUUUAAGUUUCCUGAAGCAAGUUUCGUAGGACCCUUGGUCAAACAUAUUCGGAAUGAAUGAAGCUACAUGGGGAUACUGCUGCUGCCAAAAAUACGAAGUCGGUUCGAAUAGCUUUUACAUGCAUAUAUUCUGAUCAGCAUGAUAUAUGCAUUGCCGUGUCGUGUGCGGGAAAGAGCCGGUUGCUUCAUUCGACGAGGGAUGAUCCCGUACCUUCCUUGUUCAGUAUGAACAGUAUAUUAUUCGUUAGUGUGUUAAAUGUCGUUGUUUCGUUUCAUUAAUUGAUUAAACAACCAUUUGCUGUUAUGAUUGCCGGUGGGCUCAUCCCUUCUCUUUUGCUUUUUCUUUUGGGUUCUGUAGU